CGACCAGUUAAUGACGUUUCUAGUGACGUUUAUUUGUGGACCACAUUUCUGUAUUUUCACAUUUUCGUUUUAUAAAGUCCACUGGCUGUACAAAAAAUCUGUAACUCGAAAAAGAUCCGAUUCACACCAGCCAGGGUGUUAUUAUUCCCUGUUAGAUUUUUCUAUUCCACACCUCUAAAAUGAGACUUGUGAUCCUGGAGGACUAUAACCAGGCCAGUGAAUGGGCAGCUAAAUACAUCCGCAACAGAAUCAUCCAGUUUAAAUCCAGUGCCGACAGAUACUUCACCCUGGGAUUACCCACAGGAAGCACACCUUUUGGCUGUUAUAAAAAGUUGAUAGAAUAUCACAAAAAUGGGGAUCUUUCUUUCAAAUAUGUGAAAACCUUCAACAUGGAUGAGUAUGUGGGUCUGCCCCGGGACCACCCAGAAAGCUACCACUCCUAUAUGUGGAAUAACUUCUUCAAGCACAUUGACAUCGAUCCUGCUAACGUCUAUAUCCUGGAUGGUAAUGCCACUGACCUGGAAGCAGAAUGUGAGGCCUUUGAGAAGAAAAUCGCCCAGGCUGGGGGAAUUGACCUGUUUGUGGGAGGUAUUGGACCAGAUGGCCACAUUGCUUUCAACGAGCCAGGCUCCAGUCUAGUCUCCAGAACCAGAGUGAAGACAUUGGCUAAGGACACCAUAGUAGCCAAUGCCCGUUUCUUUGGCAACGACCUGUCAAAGGUCCCCACUAUGGCCUUGACUGUGGGUGUGGGGACAGUCAUGGAUGCCCGAGAGGUCAUGAUUCUUAUCACGGGAGCCCACAAAGCCUUUGCCCUGUACAAAGCCAUAGAGGAGGGGGUCAACCACAUGUGGACUGUCUCAGCCUUUCAGCAGCACCCACACACAAUCUUUGUGUGUGAUGAAGAUGCCACCCUGGAGCUGAGAGUGAAGACAGUCAAGUAUUUUAAAGGGUUGAUGCACGUUCACAACCAACUGGUGGACCCAGUACUCAGCAUAAAGGACCAGUAAUGGAGAAUGGAAUCUAGUCAAAGAAUUACAGAUCUUAAAAUGUUGGUUGGACCUAGAGUUGCUGGUAGGAUAACAACAAGCAAUACAUUGUGCCAGAGAGGUUAUUACAGUGGAUGAAACUUGCAGUCAUUCAUAACCCCUUUCCUUUUCUCGAAAUCAGCGUUGUCUAUUAUGCCAUUAGGGUCUUAUGAAAGCUCAAUGUAAAUGCCAUCUCAAUUGAUAUGUUAAUGCUGCCAUAAAAAUAUCAUAAAUCCUUUUAGGUCACUGUGUAAAAAAUUUAAAAGAACAAUUCUCCCAUCCAAACACUCAGCCACAACUCAAAGAUGCAUGCGUCUUAACAAUUGCCUUGUCUAAUUCUCUCUUUUCUUCUAUGUUCAGUUCCAGCCAAAAUUUGGGAUACACUUACUCAUUCAAAUAUAUUUCUUUAUUUUUACUAUUUUCCACAUAAUAAUAGUGAAAGAAUAAUAGUGAAGACAUCAAAACUAUGAAAUAACACAUGGAAAUAUAGUAAAGUGUUAAACCGAUACAUGUCAUAUUGUAGAUUCUUCAAAGUUGCCAAUAUUUGCCUUGUUGACAUUUUUGCCCUCUUGGCAUUCUUUCAACAAGCUUCAUGAGGUAGUCACCUGGAAUGCUUUUCCAACAGUUUUGAAGGAGUUCCCACAUAUACUGUGCACUUUUUGGCUACUUUUCCUUCAUCCUGCGGUCCAACUCAUCCAAAACCAUCUCAAUUUGGUUGAGGUCAGGUGAUUUUAUUUUUUUAUUUAUUAGAUUCAACUUUAUUGUCAUUGAACAUUAUAAGCACAGAACCACAAAAUGCAGUUUGUUUCUAACCAAAAGUGCAAAUAGAGGAGUUCAGAUUUUUUUUUUUAUAUAUACAUACAAGUGGAAUGUACAGGUGUGCAAUUAAAGCAAAUACAUUACAUAUGGCAAUUCUAAAUGUGCAGUGGAAAAUUCACAAAUUUACAGAAAAUGUACAGGUAUUAAGUAUAAUGUAUGUGAGAUAAAUAGUUUUGGCAGUUCUCAAUGGCAUUCUGAAUUUGCAAUCAAGGCAAAUUGAAGGAGUAGGGUAGCAUGUGCAACUGAAAUGCAGUGAUAGGAGCAAUGAGGUUCCCGAGGUAGGCAUGUAUGUAACAAUUGAAAAUACAAGUACUGCAGCAGUUCUAAAUGUGCAAUGAGGGCAGGGUUAAUAUGGAAGUUCAAGGUGUAAAUCGGCAUGUGCAAAUGAAAUACAGGAAUAGCAGCAAUGACACGUGAACUGGAUUUUUUUUUUUUUAUACAAUCUUAUCAGACCUGUCCAGUAGUGCAGAGGGGGUGUCUAGUUAGUGAUGGGGAGUCACAUAGUUCAGCAGGGUUAAAGCAGAAAGAAACUGUUCCUGAACCUGCUGGUGCAAGAACCGAGAGACCUGUACCGCCUGGUGAAGCCAGAUCAUCUGAUGCUGCACCAUCACUCUCCUUCUUGGUCAGAUUGCCCUUACACAGCCUAGAGGUGUGUUUUGGGUCCUGUUGAAAAACAAAUGAUCCCAAUAAGCGCAAACCAGACGGGAUGGUGUGUCGCUGCAGAAUGCUGUGGUAGCCAUGCUGAUUGUGUGCCUUGAAUUCUAUAUAAAUCAGUGUCACCAGCAAUGUAACCCCACACCAUCGCACCUCGUCCUCCAUGCUUCACUGUGGGAACCACACAUGCAGAGAUAAUCCGUUCACCUGCUCUGCAUCUAAUGAAGACAUGGUGGUUGGAACCAGUAAUCUCAAAGUUGGACUCAUCAGACCAAAGGACAGAUUUCCACUGGUCUAGUGUACAUUUAUUAUAGUCUCUUUUAUUAUUGGUGUCCUUCAGUAGUGGUUUCUUUGCUGCAGUUCAACCACAAAGGCCUGAUUGACAUAUUGUCCUCUGAACAGUAGAUGUUGAGAUGUCUGUUACUUGAAGUCUGUGAAGCAUUUAUUUGGGCCGCAAUCUAAGGUGCCGUUAAUUGCGGAAUUUUGAGACUGCUGAGCCUAAUACUCCUCUGCCACAGAGGUAACUGCGUCUUUCUUGUGGCGGUCCUCAUGGGAGCUAGUUUCAUCACAGCGUUUGAUGGUUUUUGUGACCACACUUGAAGAAUCUUUUAAAGAUCUUAAAAUGUUUCUUGAUUGACUAACCUUUAUGUCUUAAAGUAAUGAUGGACUCUUGUUUCACCCUACCUUGUCACCCUCUGUAUACCCAAACUCCCUCUUCACCCUCUGUAUACCCAAACAACCUUGUUACCCUUUGUAUACGUACCCUACCUUGUCACCAUCUGUAUACCCAAUCUACCUUAAUGCUUCAAUCAGAACAUACAACUUUAGUUACUUUAUACUUUAUUAAAUGUCACUCAAAGCUUUAAACACUCCAUAGAUUUCUUGACAUGACAGUCAGUUACACUUGCUAAGUUUGCACCACAGUGAAAAGCAUUCAUCAUUAUUUGUAUUGCCAUUUGGAAUGGCCAUAUUUUAUGAGAUUUGUUUUGUUUUAAUAAUAUUGAUAAAGAUGAUUCUUGAAAUGUA